AUGCCACGCAUCACCAUCUCCAUCGUCGCUCCCAGCUACACCCUCGAGCAGGACAUCCUCUCUCUUGAUCUACCGGCCGGACUCACCAUCGCCGACCUCAAAGGCCUCGUCACCGCAGAGACCAACCUCCCUCAGGCCCAUCAACACUUCWACCUCAACAAUCAGGACGUACACGGAGACCACAAAACAAUCGAGGAAGUUGGCAUCCAGGAUGGUGACAUGCUAGCUAUGUUCAUGCAAGACCCACAGAACAUGAGUACCCAGCGGCGAGGACAGGCGCAGCAGCAGCAGCAGCAGCGGGGCACUGUGAACAACGAUCAGGCGGAGACGAUGCGAUUAAACGUCCUUGGGAACCCCGCUCAGUUGGCAGACAUGAGAGACCGCUUCCCCAAUCUAGCUGCGGUCAUCAACGACAGCAACCGGUUCCGUGAGGCGUGGCAGGAGAUGCUGAAUGCAGAUCAAACCCGUGAGCGUGAGAGGCAGGAGCAAAUGCGUCUGCUCAAUGAGGACCCAUUCAAUGUCGAGGCUCAGCGGAAGAUCGAGGAGAUGAUUAGGCAGGAGUCUGUGCAGGAGAACCUCCAUUUUGCUUAUGAGCACAACCCAGAGGUCUUCGGCACUGUCACCAUGCUUUACGUUCCCGUGGAGGUCAACAAGCACCCAGUAAAGGCCUUCGUCGAUUCCGGCGCCCAGACCACCAUCAUGUCGCCGUCCUGCGCGGAGAGCUGCGGCAUUAUGCGCCUCAUUGACAAUCGCUACUCGGGUAUCGCAAAGGGUGUUGGCACAGCCAAGAUUCUUGGUCGUGUCCAUUCUGCAGACAUCAAAAUCGGCAAGUCAACCAUGUCCUGCUCAUUCACUGUCAUGGAAGGCAAAGACGUCGAUCUUUUACUCGGGCUGGAUAUGUUGAAGCGCUUCCAAGGCAUCAUCGACCUGAGGCAGAACAAACUCAUCUUCGGUGAUGGCAACGAGGUCGACUUUCUUGGGGAAGCAGAUCUUCCUAGAUACGUCGAGGAGGCUAAGCAGAGCGAGCCCACCAUUCCUGGUCCGAACAACACGGAGAUUGGUGCUCAAUCCGGCACUGUAAAACCGGCAGGCACGUCUGCGGCAGCCUCUUCCUCCAGCAACACCGGCUCCUUUCAAGGUCAGGGCCAGACUUUGAGUUCUUCCUCCAGCUCAAAGGCACCUGUCACAAAUGCACCAUCAUCCAGUGCGCCUCCUGGCCAUCCGAAAGAGGCCAUUGAACAGCUGCAGAGUCUCGGCUUCUCUCAUCAGCAAGCCGUCGCUGCGUUGGAUGCAUGUGGAGGCAACGUGGAGUACGCUGCCGGACUUCUUUUCCAGGGUUAG